UCUCGACAUUUUUUUAUGUUUCUGAUUAUUUCAUGUGUCAGUUUUUAUGUUUGUUUCUGUUCUGACUUCAUUUUUAUUUUAUUUCAUCACCACCACCAUCACAGGGAUCAGGAGGAAGUGAAACCUCCUUUGGCUGCGUGGAAUCCAUUCUCAGGGUUCAGUCAGUUGGUCAAUAACGUUGCCGCCAACGUAUCCGAAGUUCUGCAGGUUAAAAGUCCGACAGACGACGAGCUGCAGACGAAGCUACAUCAGCAGUUUGAGAUGUACAAAGACCAGGUGAAGAAGUUGGGGGAGGAGCCUCCGGCGGCUCAGACGACGAGGGCGGAGUCUCCCACCUGCGGCGUCUGUCGCAAGACCAAGUUUGCCAACGGCUGCGGCCGAGCCUGCUGCUACUGUCAGAGCCUGUUCUGCGCCCGCUGCGGUGGGCGUGUCCAGCUGAGGGCCAAUAAGGUGAUGUGGGUGUGUAACGUGUGCAGGAAGCAGCAGGAGAUUCUCACUCGGUCGGGGGAAUUUCAUUCCAACAUGUCACUGCUGUCCGUCAACCACAGUCCACACGGGGCUCCAAACCCACCGACGCUGGCCCCACCGGGAGCCACAGGGCCCCUGAGCAACGGAGCCACAGAGCGGAGACGGAGCCCCUCAGGGCCGUAUUAUGAUGGGGGGGGCAGGAUGCUUUCCUCACCAACGGACCUCGGUCUGGACCGCCGUGCUCGCUCACCACACGGCUACCACGGUAAUGGGGAGGAGGAGCUGCGGGCCCGGAGGCGACCAAUCAGAGAUGGGCGAGGCCGCUGGCACUCACAGGACCACCCUCUGGACCAGGUUCAGGAUGAGCGUGAGCUGCGACGGCGGCAGGAGGAGGAGUUUCAGGCUCGUUACCGUAGCGACCCCAACCUAGCUCGUUACCCAGUUAAGCCACAGCCAAGCGAGGAGGCCAUGAGGAUGUUAGCUCAGGUCGGCAGGGUCCGCCACCAGCGUCGCCACAGCGAUGUCUCCCUGGCAACACCUGAACCGGACCACAUGACUCUGCGACAUACAGCUCUCCGUCAGAACCGGCCACCGGCAGGUCAGAGGUCAUUUUCUAUGGAUCGAGCAGCCAAUCACAUCAGUCCCACAUCCCCCCGACGCAGUCCGUUACCACAGCAACACCUGGACCCAAGUUCCGCCCUAAAGAGGAAACAGGCUAACGAGAGCGCAGUGCAGAGGGGGCGGAGGAUGGGGAAGAUGCAUGUGAUUGGCAGCUUCAGCAGCUCGGAGGAGGAGCUUGUGACCACGCCCGAAUAUACCAGCUGUGACGAACACGACAGAGAAAUGGACAGCCAAUGGUGGGAUCAUGGUGCAUGGCAUGGCGAGCCUGGGCCCAUGUCUAUGCAGCCGGUCACAUGGCAACCGUCCAAGGAUGGAGAGCGUCUGAUUGGCCGAAUUCUGCUCAACAAGAGGAUGAAGGACGGGACGGUACCAGCAGAUACCGGAGCGCUGCUGGGACUCAAGGUCGUCGGGGGGAAGAUGACAGAGUCCGGACGCCUCUGUGCUUUCAUCACCAAGGUGAAGAGAGGAAGUCUGGCUGACACCGUAGGCCACCUGAGACCAGGUGAUCAGGUUCUGGAGUGGAAUGGUCGGGUUCUUCAGGGGGCCUCAUUUAAUGAAGUCUACAACAUCAUCCUGGAGUCCAAACCAGAGCCACAGGUGGAGCUGGUGGUGUGCCGACCAAUCGGAGAUGUUUCCAGAGCAGCAGAUGCCUCUCAUGUCCAGCUGGACUCCAGUUCUAGUUCCUUCGACUCCCAGAAAGUCGGUCCGUCCAUUUCCGUCACGUCUCCCAUGAGUCCCAGUGUUCUCUCCGGACAGGUGUCUGUCAAGCUGUGGUAUGAUAAAGUCGGUCAUCAGCUGAUUGUAACUGUUCUCGGAGCCAAAGAACUUCCUGUUCGGGAAGACGGAAGACCAAGGAACCCCUAUGUCAAGAUCUACUUCCUGCCAGACAGAAGCGAUAAGAGUAAACGCAGGACGAAGACGGUGAAGAAGUCGGUGGAACCUCGGUGGAACCAGACCUUCAUGUACUCUCCGGUCCACCGACGGGAGUUCAGGGAGCGGAUGUUGGAGCUGACGGUCUGGGACCAGGCUCGAGUCCGAGAGGAGGAGAGCCAGUUCCUGGGAGAGGUCCUGAUAGAGCUGGAGUCGGCUCUGCUGGACGAUCAGCCUCACUGGUACAAACUGCAGCUGCAUGACGUGUCGUCGGUGCCGCUGCCCAACGCCUCCCCCUACCUGCAGCGGAGGGGAAUGCAGGCCGAGCACGCUCCCAGCAGCAGGAGGCUGCAGAGGUCUCAGAGGAUCAGUGACAGUGAGUUUUCAGAUUAUGACUGUGAAGACGGCAUCGGAGUGGUAGCAGACUACAGACAGAACGGCCGGGACUUCCACAGCUCCACCCUCUCAGUGCCGGAGCAGGUGAUCUCAUCCAAUCACUGCUCCCGGUCCGACAUGGUCCGGAUGAGGUCACGGUCGCCGAGCCAACCGCCUCCUCAAAGGUACAGCCGGGGGAUGGACCGGAGGGACUACUACAGCCGCUCACGCUCGGCCGACCAGCGAGCGAUGGCCGACCGGCCCGUCUACACGCGCUCACACUCCACCGACCGAACCGACUCCGCCUACCUGAGAUCUGGACGCUCCGCCCCUCCCUCACCUGCCCCGACCAGGGCGAAUGCUCGAGGUGGUUCCAGUCUCACGAGUCCGACAGGAACGCCGAUCUGCAGCCGCCGAGGUCGCCAGCUGCCCGCCGUCCCGCCGAAAGGAGCUCCAGAUAGAAAUGGAGGAGAACCCUCUGACUUUGUGGACUCAGGUGUGAUGAAGGACCCCUCUAAGAUGAGGGACAGCCUAUCCUUCAAAUCAUCAGACAGUGAUGUCAGCGAUGUGUCCGCCAUGUCCAACGCCUCCGACACCCGGUCUGUCCCCAAAAUCAGUGCAACAGAAUCUGUGGAGGGCCAAUCAGCAGAGGCGGGGGCGGGGUCACAGAGGACACAGGAAGUGGUGGGGGAAGCAGAGGGCGGAGCAACGCUGCAGAAGAGCGAAUCAGUGGAUGAACCAGAGGAGGAGAAACCUGAGCCUCCAAAGCCAGCACCGGCAGCUGGUGCUCCUCUCACCAAGUCGUCUUCUGUCGGUGGUGAGAUUUGCUCGUUGGGUCGAAACGACGAUGACGACGACGACAAGAAGCGUCGCUCGAGCUUCGGAGCCAGGAUGAUGGGAAUGGUGGGACUGGGAAAGAAGAGCCAGAGCGCCUCACAGCUCAACCCAGAAGAGGAGGAGAAGAAGAAGAAGGUGGUGAGACUUCCUGUCCAGAGGAGUGUAGAAACUGGUUUAGCGAUUGAGUUUAAAUCUCGCUUCACUCGACAGCCGAGUCGAGACCCAGACGCCGAGGAUCCCAAACCUGGAGCUCUUAUAUUUCCAGGAGUGAAGUUGGCCACAGACAAACAGUUCACUGGCUUCCUGGAGGGAUUAGGCCCCGCCCAGCUGGCUGGACGGCAGACUCUGGCCACACCCCCAAUGGGUGACAUCCAGAUCGGGAUGGUGUACAGAAAGGAGCGUCUGGACGUGGAGGUGAUUCGAGCCCGAGGGCUUGUGGGUAAACAGGGCAACAAGAACACUCCAGCUCCGUACGUGAAAGUGUACCUGAUGGACAACGGGAAGUGCGUGUUGAAGAGGAGAACUCGUCUGGCGAGGAAAACACUCGACCCUCUGUAUCAGCAGCAGCUGCAGUUUGAAGAGAACCCAGAGGGGAAGGUGCUGCAGAUCAUCGUCUGGGGCGACUACGGACGGAUGGACCAUAAAUCUUUUAUGGGUGCUGCUCAGAUCCUAUUGGACGAUCUGGACCUGUCCAACAUGGUGAUUGGCUGGUUUAAACUGUUUCCUGCCACCUCAUUGGUGGACCCCGCCUUGGCCCCGUUGACCAAUAAGGAGACAGAUGGCGGCAAGUCAUAGCAACCAGAGGCGGGACUGACAGUGUCGUCAUAGCAACGGACGGGAGGGGGCAGGAGGGGACAUACUGUUGCUGGGUGGGACUUAAAAAAAGUCCCACAAUCCUCCUCUGCUGCUGCAUGCUGCAUGAUGACAUCAAAUUGAUGACGUAACAGUGUCAUGAUGAUGUCACCAGGAGGAGGAAGAGGAGGACAAGGAGGGAGGCUCGACGCCCCUGACCAUCACACUGAGGGCAGGGCCACGCAGCAAAGGAUGCUGGGAAAAGAGAGCAGAGGCCAUGUGACAUCCAGCUGCCAGCCAAUCACAGCAGCUCCCCAGGAGUCAUGUGACUGUUAGAGGCAUGUCCAGAACCACAGACUCAGUGUGUCACCUGAUAGUUUCCAUGGAGACGCAGGAACAUGGAGGUCUGCUUCUUUAUGUUUUUGCAUGGAAUGAUGAAAAGAUUAGAACAUAAAAACAUCAGAAGCAUCAACUGAAAAAAGAACAUGAGAACAUGAGAAUGUCGCCUGAAAACUGAAAAAUAAAAGAUUCUCAAAGAUU